UUGAGACGGAUGACAGCAAACCAAUGUUAAAGACAGAUGUCGAAGUUUUCCAAGGAAAAAUCGUUUUUAAUUUAGAUGGUAAUGCCUUCAUAAUUGCCACGGAAAACUCAACGCAGGAUUUAAUAGCGAGUGCAAAAACCACAGCAGGUUCAUCGUUAGUAACGACAAAUGAGGUUGGAAGGAAGAUAACCGCACCAUCAAAUUCAACAUCAGCUACGACAAAGUCAACAAACAAAACAUCGACCACUUCGGCAACUUCAAAGGAAGUCUCAAGCAGUCGAGAUGAUGAACAUAAGACUACACCAAAAAGCACCAACAUUCUAAAAACCACCGCAAGCCCUCGUAUACAUUCUUUUCGCAUAGUGAGUGCUCAGUAUGCCUCAGCCGCCGUUGUUGCUACCACUACCGCCACCACCAUCAAAAGCACCACCGACGAGCAAACGGAAUUCGGGACAUAUGUUGACCAACAACCACAAAAGCCACAGCAUCGACGUCGACAUAGCAACAGCAGCGAUACCGAUAACGACAACGAUAGUGACAGGACCAACGGGUACAAUAUAGUGCAGCGCUCUUCCAAAAUACAAAAACCGAUAUUGAUGUGCUUUAUAUGCAAACUAUCUUUUGGGAAUACUAAAUCAUUUAGCUCGCAUGCUAGCUCAGAGCACCAACUGACUCUGCAACCAAAAGAACAGCAUUUACUAAACCGCGAAUAUUCGAGUGCUAUCAUUCAGCCUCCAAAUAUGGACGAGAGUCCACAAAUAUCAUUCCUUGAGCCAAUUGAUAUGCUCAAUGUUAUAAAAAGUGACGAUUUAAAUACUGAGACUGAUGUUCAAUUCAACGAGGGUACAACCCAGGCAGUGACUUUCGGAUCGAAUGCUAGAGAGGUUUCGGAGAGAUCGGUUGUUGAACGAAUAAUGAGCGAAAAGGCUGACGACGCGGCGGCGACAACGGACACAAAAUCAUCAAUUAGACCAUUAACUUCUGGUUCAACAUCGCCAUCAACGUCUGCGCCAAUGUCUCCCGACCUAUCGUUGUCAUCAAUAGCGUCGCCUAAGUCCUUGCGGACCGCGCCUACGGCCGCAGCGCCACCAGCAGCAUCACCUUCACAAAUCACAUCCACACUUGAGUUACCCAGCGCUAUUGAUAGUAGCAACAAUAGUCAUUUACUGAUUAAAACCUCCCUUUCCAACAUCCAACAACAACGAUACGAAGCAGUUGCUUUCGUCACCGAGGCAUCAGCAAUGACAACGCCUACAUUAUCAAGCCAACUGGCAGAAAGCACCAAGCUUAAUACCAUUGAGCAGCAGUCGCGGCGGCAACAACAACAACAGCAAACAACAAUCAUUACUAAUAGAUUAAAGGAAAAUGCAGCUGUAGAAAUGAAAGAUAUUGAUGACUCCAAAGCGAAAUUAACUGCAUUUUCGCCGUCCUUGACUUCAUCGGCAGGCGAGAAAUCAUUAUCAUCCACAACAUUGUCUUCAUCAAUACUACCAAAGAAUGAGUCAGAAAAGUCAUCAAAUACUGAAACAAAAUAUGGUACAUACUCAUUAGCUACAUCACAAGCUGUAUUAGGAUCAAGCUCUGAUUGUGCAUUAAAGCCAAGAAUAACCGUAUGCGUAACACCUACAACAGCGUCUACCGCGAACAAUAACUCCGAUCUGUUGAGUAACCCAGGGAGCAGAAGCCUUCAAGGUGCAAAUGCUUCGGACUGUCAUAGCCCGCCACUGACUGCAGUGACGAAAGUUGAGGCUGAAAAUACAGAAAUGGGUGCUGCGCCCACCAGUGCCUCCGGGUUCCAGCACAUGCAGUUGCAGUGCGACACGGACUCGGACAGAAAGCUAGACCGAGCCGAUACCCUAUCGCGGCUUUCAGCUGAUGCAGUCAAUUUCCUGCAGCAGCAGCAACAGCAACAGCAGUAUUCGGCAAUGAGCAGCAGCACCUUUGCCACCCCGCCAACCUCUCUAAUGUCCAUGACACACACACACAGUAAUCUCAGCUGCUUGCACUCCUCUUUAGUGGCUUUAACUGAUGGUACUUCGGCCAUCUGUAGCUCUACAGAGGCUCAAAAAACCAAUGCAAAGUUAAUCAGCGACUUUUUACAACAGCAUAUCAGCUUACAGCAGCAGUACGCUGCAGUCAGCGGCAGCUGUGCAGAACAUACAGACUAUAAGGAUAACGACUGCAAAAAUUGCGAAAUGCAACAACUUAAAUCUCCCCCGUUCCACAACUCCAGCCAGCAGCAUGUGAUAACCAGCACCAAUACAACACCGCAACGGUCACCAACACGCAGCAACAGUAGCUGCACAAGCACCAAUAUACAGUCACCAGCGAAUUUAACUACAUCGCCGAACACCACAGCUGUCUCAGCAGCAGCGGUGGCGGCGGCGGCGCAACAACAAAACGCAGCUGCUGCUGUAGCUGUGGCUGCCGCUGCAGCGGCAGCCGCGGCUGCAUCCGUAGCCAGCAACACAUCCAGUUUUACUAUAGGCGCUUGCUCGGAUCACAUCAACGGACGACCAUUGGGCGUAGAAUGCACACGUUGCGAGAUGAUACUGAGUUCGACACGACUCAAUACUGGUGUUCAGAUGUCAACUCGAAACUCUUGCAAGACCCUGAAGUGCCCGCAAUGUAAUUGGCACUACAAGUAUCAGGAGACACUCGAGAUUCACAUGCGCGAAAAACAUCCGGACGGUGAAAGUGCUUGUGGUUACUGUUUAUCUGGUCAGCAACAUCCGCGCCUGGCUCGUGGUGAGUCUUAUUCAUGUGGGUAUAAACCGUAUCGGUGUGAAAUUUGUAACUAUUCGACAACGACCAAAGGGAAUCUCUCCAUUCACAUGCAAUCGGACAAGCAUUUGAACAAUAUGCAAGAGUUGAACAGCUCACAAAAUAUGUUGGCGGCCGCGGUGGCCGUAGCCAGCAGUGGGAAGACGGAUGUCGCAUCGAAAUUGUUGCUAACCAACAAUAUUGCAGCUGCUCAACAGCAGCAGCAAUCACAAGCACAGCAAACGCUAACACAGUCCCAGCCCCAGCAGCCACAAUCGUCGAUUGGCUGCAACUCGGCAAUCGUGGGCAGCGGAGGGUCAUCUGGGAAUGGUAGUGGGCGUAAUAGUGUCGAUGCAUCUGGAAAUGCUUGUGGUAUCCUCAAUAAAAGUAAGCCGUCCUUUCGUUGUGACAUUUGCAGUUACGAAACAUCAGUGGCUCGAAACCUACGCAUACACAUGACCAGUGAGAAGCACACCCACAACAUGGCUGCCCUGCAAAACAAUAUCAAGCAUAUUCAAGCGUACAGCUUCUUACAACAGCACCAGCAGGCUGUUGCUGCUGCCGCUGCUCAACAACAGCACCAGCAACUAACGGCAGCAUCCCAGGCUGCUUCCCAAUUGCCAGCUCUGGGCAGCGGGUUAGCCAGCGGCUUUAUACCGGAAAUAGCUUUGGCCGACUUGGCAUAUAACCAGGCACUCAUGAUACAAUUGCUGCAGCACAAUGCCGCAGCCGUUAGCCAGCAACAGUCGCAACAGCAACAACCUCAUGAAUCUGUGACCAAGCUAAAGACUUCGCCGACCUCCUCUCCGCGUCCCAUGCAAGUUGAGCAGUCAACAACUCUGCCACAACAACAACAAUUGCAACAGCAACAACAAAUUCAACAAUUGCGUCAACAGUUGCAGCAAUCGUAUUCCCCGAACAGCGGUUCGCCCACACUGUUGCUGUCUACGGAUCCUUUUACUACCAGCGAUAUAAAUUUGUCUUCCAGUGUUAGUGGCGGCUGCAGCGGCGAUGAAACGCUGGAGCCACCUGUCCGCGCCGAUCCUUGCCCCACAAGUCUUUACACUUGCUUAGUGUGUGAUUUCUUCUCCUCGAAUAGUUUAGACGAGCUUAAUCAGCAUUUAUUGAUUGAUCGCUCGCGAAAUAACUCCAUGACAACAAACGCGAGCAUCGCCGCUAGUGGCAGUAGUAGUAAUGUCAACAGUUCUGUCAACACAGAUAUAAUGGUCAUUUUAAACAAUAACUACAUAUGCCGCCUAUGUAACUACAAAACAAAUCUGAAGGCAAACUUUCAGCUACAUAGUAAAACGGAUAAACAUCUUCAAAAACUGAAUUAUAUCAAUCACAUACGUGAAGGUGGGCCCCAAAACGAGUAUAAACUUAAAUAUCUGCAGCUUGCUGCUAACACGGUGCAGCUAAAAUGUAAUUGCUGUGAUUUUUAUACGAAUUCCAUCCAGAAGCUUUCAUUGCACACGCAGCAAAUGCGACACGAAACGAUGCGUAUGAUCUUCCAACAUUUAUUGCACAUCAUGCAACAUAAUAACUUUGAAAAGACCAAAAUACAACAGCAUUCAAAGUCUGCGGGUGAAACCGUUAGCAGCAUACGCGAGCCACACGGCGGCAACAUUGCGCGCGACAAUACUACUGGGGACACUCAAGGCAGUGCUAAUACAGCAACGGACAUGGCAAAAACAACCGAAAAGUCAUUGACAUGCCAGUUGUGCAACUACAGCGCGUUUACUCUACUAAAUAUGAUCCAACAUGUAAAAAGUCUUCGUCAUAUGCAAGUAGAGCAAUUUGUGAGUCUCCAACGUCGCAGCGAACAACUGGACCCACCUAGCCUAGAUGACGUCUUCAAGGUAGUUGAACAACCUAUAUUGCAAGCAUUGCCACUUUCCGCAGCUGCUUCUCCAGAAGAUAAUAAAAUGGAAAAUAUCAGGUCGGUCUCGGUCGCUGACUAUUUCCCUGUUCCUACGACGCGCUUAACGAAUGAGGACACCGGUUAUAAUACACCUGGGAUAGAUCACAACUCUUUCUCACCUUCAUCAAAUUCCUCGGUUGCAUCAGGAAAUACAAGUGUACGUAGCAAAGGGUAUCAACGGGUUAAUACACCAAAUUUCCAAUCGUCAAUUGGUGAUAGGUAUUUACAAGCAACCUCAUUGGGUUCAACAACUAGUGCUGCGAGCAUACCAUCAGUCGUAUUUAAAUGCAACAACUGCGAUUUGUUUGCACAAUCUAAAGAUGAGAUGGAAAUACACCUUGGCACAGUUCAUCCACAAACGGAGCCAGACUACAUCAGCAUUCCAACGAAUUCUGCGGCAAUGCAAGCAUUUCAAGCGGCGGUUGCAGCAGCUACAGCUGCGGCGGCAUCUGCUGUAACAGCUACACGCUCUGAAUGUAAAUCCAAUUUAGAAACUGAUACUGUCGAUGAUGAUUGCCCUACGUCAAUCAAACGAGAACGUUUAUUUUCGCCAGUAGACGAGGAAUUAGAAAAAGGCACUGAUAUGAGCAGUACAAUGACACUAAAAGAUACAUCAACAAUUGAUCCCUGGAUAACUACAACAAUGAAUGAGAAUACAUCAUCGCCAUCCAUGAAUGAAUCUGGGCCAGGAAGUCAUAAUGUUAUGAGUGGUGAGCUUGUAGAAACUGAGGAGGAAGAAUUACAUCCACAUUCAUCACUACUCAAAAGCGUUGAGCAUGGAGCUAGUGAUGUGGAGGACAAUAGCCAGGUUGGCCAAACAAGCCCAAAACACAGCGUUCAGUGUCCAUUGUGCACUGAUAUUUUUGGCCGCAAGCAAGCGCUGGAAUCACAUUUGAUGAAUGUACACAGUGUAAAUCGUGAUGGCUUAGCUCGGCUCCUACAGCUGGUAGAUGCCAGCGUUUGGAAGCAAUUCCCCACAAAACCAGGAAGCAUUUAUGAUGCUAAAAGUACCAAGCCUGCUACCGGUACGUAUACCCCCAAUGACCCAAAUAUAAAAAGCUCUACAGAAUUGAGCACAUCGGCGAUGGGGAUUUCUAACAGUGCAGCUAUAAAUCUAAAUAAAUCUAAUCCCACGACGUACGCUCAAUCACUGGAAACUGGAAAUAGCAGUGAAUUAUCAUGUGAACAGUGUUCUUCCCAAUUUAAACAUGAACAGCAAUUGUUGCAGCAUGCACAGAAAACUCAACAUUUUGUUCUCUUGCCAAAUGGAGAUCACCGCUGUUUGGCAGCUAGUCAUCCCAGCCGGCCUUGCCACUCGACAUUUCCCUCACAAACUGCAAUGAUCGCACAUUAUAAGAACACGCACAUAAGCUUAGUUAUAUCGGAACGACAUGUAUACAAAUACCGUUGCAAACACUGCUCACUUGCGUUCAAAACCCAAGAAAAGUUGUCCACACACUUGUUAUAUCACACAAUGCGCGAUGCUACCAAAUGUACAUUGUGCCAACGAAAUUUUCGCAGUACGCAAGCGCUACAAAAGCAUAUGGAUCAGACUCAUCACACUAGCAGCGACCAAAAUACCCCCAGUUCCAGUUCACCGACGUUUUCAAGCUGCAGUGGCCGUGGCUCACCAUCCCAGCAGUCCAGCCAUGGGAAAACCUGUACCCACACAGCUGAUCUCUUGCCAGAGAACGCAGUCAAAAUUAGUGACACUGAAGAACGUCAGUCGCCGCCAGGGUCUCCGCAAGUCAAGGAGGUUAUCGAAUCGAAAAUUUCGAAUACAUCAUCGCAAGUAUCGUCUUCCCCAUUAGGAGCUCACUUAUUACAAGAACAGCAGCAGCAGCAAGAACAGGUUGCUGCCAUCACCGCGGCACUAUUAAAUCAGUCAACACAACAACAGGCUCAACCACAUUUCAGUGGCGAUGAGUUAUCAGCAAUUACACCAACUCAUCUAAUGCAACAUAUGCAAAUAAAGCCCUGCGGUUCGCUUUUGACGCAAAAGUAUAUUCAACAACACCACCAAAGCUUACAAAACCUUCAGCAACUCCAACAGUUGCCGCAACUGACAGCCACUGCAGCAUCCUCUGGUUUGCAAUUGAACCCUGUCGAAAUGCUGAAUCUCAUGCAGUUCCACCAUAUAAUGUCCAUGAAUUUCAUGAAUCUUGCUCCACCGCUCAUUUUUGGGGUCGGCGCUAAUGCUGGCGUUGGCAGCAAUUCUGACCUGAUUACGUCUCCACACACACCUAAAGUUUCUCAUACAUCCAAUCCCAGUUCACUGCUCUGUGGAAGCGAUUUGACUGUACCUGCCACCCCAGUACCAGUUGGUCCAACACCGGAUAAUGUUGGUACAAUAUCACAGCAGCAACAACCGCAACAACAACAGCAAGCUGUAGCAACAACUACAUCACAGAUGGUGAGUAAUCAAAAACGUGCACGGACCCGUAUCACCGACGAUCAGUUAAAAAUUUUGCGCGCCCACUUCGACAUCAACAAUUCUCCAAGUGAAGAAAGCAUAAUGGAAAUGUCACAAAAAGCGAAUUUACCAAUGAAGGUUGUCAAGCAUUGGUUUCGGAACACGCUAUUUAAGGAACGCCAGCGAAACAAAGAUUCUCCCUAUAACUUCAACAAUCCACCAUCUACAACAUUAAACCUGGAAGAGUACGAGCGUACUGGGCAAGCCAAAGUGACACCUUUGAAUGAAGACCUUCAUCUGACUUCGUUGAAUCUUUCGCAACAACAACGGGAACAGGAUAAGCAUAGGCUUCUUGAACAUAAGCUCCAGGAUGCCAAAAAUGAACCCAACACUGAUGCUUUUCCCAGCAAAAGUGGCCAUUCUCCGAUAUUAAUAGAUAUUAAAACUGAACCGUUUGAUGAGAAUGUUGAACAUCACAGCACAGUCGCUGAUAAUUCACCCUCUCAACAACAACAAAAACAGCAGCGACAAGGUAAUCAAGAUAAGCACUUGUUAAAUACGGCAUCGACAUUGCUUUUGCAUCAGCGACAACAACGAAUAUCAACAUUGACAGCAGCUGAGCACCAACACCAGCAAGUUACAGAAAUGCAGGAGCAUACAACAGUUGGAGCAGCUGUUGCAUCCAUGUUGCAGCAACAACAUUUACAAUCGCAGUCAAAUCAAAGCGCACACCAGCAGCAACAACAACAGCAUAUCAACCUCUAUAGCUACGAAACGAAAUCAGAAAGCGGCAGCUCGGAUAUACUUUCAAGACCACAGUCACCAAACAGCACUUCUACGGCUCCCACGCAUUAUGCAAGCAUUAAUGAAAUAUUGAAUCAACAAUUGGACAAUUUGCCACUCAGCCAAAAACUUACCAGUAUGAAUGUUGCGAACUUGCACGGAAACAAUAUGGGUCCACCAAAAAAUUUCCAAACUAACAAGUCGUUCGAAAAGAACUCACCAUCUUCACAAUUUGACACGAACUCGAAUUCUUCGAAUGCAUCGUCCACGUCCAGCGGAAAGCGAGCAAAUCGAACACGUUUCACGGACUAUCAAAUCAAGGUACUACAGGAAUUCUUUGAGAAUAACUCCUAUCCAAAGGAUAGUGAUUUGGAGUAUUUAAGCAAGCUAUUGUUGCUUUCCCCACGGGUUAUUGUUGUCUGGUUUCAGAACGCCCGUCAAAAGCAGCGAAAGAUUUAUGAGAAUCAACCAAAUAACUCACUUUACGAAACAGAGGAGAAAAAACACAAUAUAAACUACGCGUGCAAGAAGUGCAAUCUUGCAUUCCAGCGAUAUUACGAAUUAAUACGUCACCAAAAGAAUCAUUGUUUCAAAGAAGAAAAUAACAAAAAGUCGGCGAAGGCGCAAAUAGCCGCUGCACAGAUUGCACAAAAUCUAAGUUCCGAAGACUCAAAUUCCUCCAUGGACAUAAAUAGUGGCAAUACGAUUGCCCUGUUGCAGCAUCAGCACGUAGCUGCCGUUACGUCGUCACAUGGUUUAACAAGUGGCGCCAACAUUUCUAGUAAUUCACCGGACGCAUCAUCCUCUGGAUUAAAUGUGCUUCACAACACAUCGCCGCAGCAUUUGUUUGGUAAAUCUUCGAUGUCUAUUACCGACUUCAGUCCAUCUACUACUCCAACACCGCCGCAAUCGCAACGAGAACGGACCGAUUGCACUGAGCUUCAGUCCCAGGUCCAAGUUGACAAAUCUAAAUUCGAAUGCGACAAAUGUAAGAUACAAUUUGGGUUCUACGAACAUUUCCGCGAACAUCAGCUGCUUCAUUUGAUGAAUCCCGGCUUGUUUACAUCCCAGAUUCCGAACAUUCCAGACGCAUACGGCUCAUUUGGCAGCAUAUUUCAAAGUUUGCAACAGGUGGCAGCAGCAAAUGCAACACAUCAGCAACAACAGCAAUUGCUGCAACAACAGGGCCAACCGCCGGCGAAAAAGCGCAAAUGCUCCGAAACUUCAUCAAUAGGGGAUGACAUGUCAUCGAUUGGCGGAACCGGGGAUACCGACAUCAAUCCUGUGUCAUCAUCCCUCUCAACAGCAAAAAAAUUUGAUUUUUUAUACCAGUAUUUCAUGCAAAACGAGAGCAACAAUGAGCUAAAGCAACAAUUUCAAUCGCAACAUCAGCAAUCACACGAACCAGAGCUGGAAAUGGAGUUCCUUGCAAAUUUUUAUCACCAAUCCGAGGUGCGAAAACGAAGUAACUAUGAUUUUUUAUAUGAGUACUAUCAAAAGCAUGAACGUAAGCAGCUGGGGACCAUGCAACAUAUCGCAGGCGCUUUCGGGACGGAGAAUAAACCUCACAUUGAUUUUCUCUUGCAAUACUAUCAACUGAACGAAUCGAAAAAGUUUUUUCAGUUAGAUGCCUCGAACCCACAAAUAAAUGACCACACGGCAGCGUCGCCAACAUCGACAAAACAAUACCAGCGCACAAAUAAUAUAUCUUUAAACAGAGAUAAUACAACCACGCCUAAGGCAGACUGCAGCAUGUCAGAUUCCAGCUUAACAAAAAACUCUAUGGAUGCCCUUAGUAGCAAUAUUGAGCCGUCAGAUGCCGAUGAUGGCAACAAUGAUAACGACAGAAAUAGUAAUGGCGGUAUGGAUGUUGACGACGCUGAUAGUAGUGCUGAUACAGAUAAUAAUGAUGACAAUAAUGAUGAAAAUAGCUUUUGCGCUAGACGACUACAUACGGCAAAAAGCAACGUUAAAAUAAGCAAACAAACUGAUCUCUCGGAUAACAGCACAAAGAAUAUUUCCACCGAUCAAAAACUCUUAACGAAUCUACCUUUCGCCUAUAAUGACGAUCAACAUCUCAAGGAUGUAAGUAAGGCCAGAGGAGCUUACGUAAAAAACCAGAGGCAUAACCAUGCAAAGCGUAACUCAUCGUCUCUAUCACCUCAAUCACAAUUGCCACUAACAGCAAAGGCAGCAGCCACUGUUACAGCUAGCUGUAAUUCCGGUUUAUAUAUGCACAACUUGAAGGAAUUUCUCGAUGAAACACCCACACACGCCCAAACUUGUAACGAAAUACUAGCACAAACGGAUACUGAUGGCAGUAGCGGAUGCACAGCAAUAUAUAAAAUGCAAUCAUCUGAAACGUCAUCGUCGUCGCCAAAUUCAAAUACCAAUAACAUUUCUGCUGCUGGCCCGACAGCGUCUGUAGCAUCCAAAGCUGCUACUGGUGUUACCGAAAAACAACAGAGUAAACGACUACGAACUACAAUACUGCCAGAACAACUAAAUUUUUUAUAUGAAUGCUACCAAAAAGAAUCGAAUCCAAGUCGAAAAAUGCUUGAGGAAAUCGCAAAAAAAGUAAACCUUAAGAAACGCGUCGUGCAAGUUUGGUUCCAAAACUCUCGUGCAAAAGACAAAAAAUCACGUAACCAACGCUUUGCCACAAUUUCUGAUGAUAGUAACUACGAGGACGCUACGCAAUAUAACAAAGAUGGCGUAGUUUCGCAAAAAAAUGUAAUGAAAACAUCCAAGUCCAACGGCAGCAAGGCCAUUAUAAAUGUUAAUAUUAACCCUGGAUUGGAAUUAAGCGACUUUAAUUUGUGUCAACUGCCGCAAGUGAAUAUUCAGCAGCAUGCCAUUGAACAUUUCUCUAAAAUGAAGAAACUUUUGGAACAAACAAAAGCAAAUGUAAACGCGAAUGUCAAUUCGGAGGUGGAUGCAGUUUCAAGAAAAGACUUUAACCCCGCCGCUGAAGCCGAGCUUACAAGACUGCUCACCAAUGGAGCUGCUAAAAACGGCGAUUCCGCAAUGAAUGAAAAAUUAGAUCGCAUUGAAACCAAUGGUACCCAGGAAAGCAAUUUUUCAGACGCCGAUAUCGUCGCCAGUGAUCACCUUUGCACAUUUACAAGAGUUUAUAAAGAGCUGAGUUUACAAAAUGCCAUGAAACAAGCACUAGAAAGUCAACGGAAUAACAACUGCAACGAGCUAGAUUGGAGGGAAAACAGGAACCGCAAUGAUGGAAGUGCGGAACCAAAAAUUAAUAAUCAAGAUGUCAUGCAAGUCAGAGACCAACGGCAGAUUUUUAUUCCAAUUUCUCCCGAAACCGGCAAUUUAAAGAAGAAUGCUAAAGAGGAGCAAACAAAUUCCGAAAUUAUUAUUUUGAACAAUCGAUCUAGUGUUAGUGGAAGUCGUAGCGCUGAAGGUGGCUUAGAUCAUGGUAGUGACCAUUACCAUUACAAUAAUCGAAGCAAUUUUGUUAACCGUAAGCUACUUGACGAUACUUGCUGCAUUGGCGAAAGUGAUCACAGUCGUAAAAGUGCCAAUUGCAUACGGAAUACACCACUCUCUACAAGCUUAACUGAUGACGGCGACAAAGACAGCAGCGAUAGGAAUACUCCAUAUUUUAAUGUUAAUACCCAUGCAAUACAGAACCGUUCGAUCAGAAAUGAGUCAAUAACAGCAAAUUGCAGCAGUAGCAGUACAUCAUCAGCAAUAACAGCUACAACAGCGCUUACGAACCUAUCAAAUUCACAUGCUAAAGAUAUUAUCAAGCAAUUAUUUAACUGUAGUCAAAUAACUGCUAUCUUAUUUAAAGCAUAUCGGACAAAUGAACCGAAAAUCGUUCAGCUGGAAAUUAAAAAGCGUAUUCAUAGGCAUCGAGACUUUCUACUAGUGAAAUACGUACAUACAUAUAUAUGUAUGUAUGUUCACCGCCCACACGUCUCAUUCUAGAAUUUAUUACGCUAUAAUCUCUGUUUAUCUGUCAUUUAAAUAUUUUAAAGCAUUUGUGAAAAGAAAAAAAUAGUUCCGAAAUAGUGUUUAAGCAUUUUGUCAAUGUUCUGACUCUUAAACUUAAUCAACAAAGCUAAAGUGUAUACAGUUACUCCCACCAUAUUUCAACUGUAACCAACUUUGAUGUUCCAUGAAUGUUGGCCAGUGAAGAAUCUAUAGCUUUGCCCAUGAUCUAUGUUGCACUAUGUCCGGUUUUUACCGGAAGUCUAAUUUUUUAGACAUAUAUGUUUUAACUAAAGAUUCGGAUUCUGAGAAAAAAAAUAGGUAACUUUUCUUUGAAACUUUUUUCUCGGAAGUGCAUGUUUCAACCUCUAAAUGGCCUUCGGACUUCAAAUCGUCCUGGACUGCUUAAAUGAGUGCAAAUGUGUUUAUUCGAAAAGGAAAAAAAUAUUAAUUACUAAGUCGGGGAUGCUCUAUCUUUUGGUCCUAUUACCGACCGGAAGUACAUUCCAGAAAGAAAGUUUCCGAUAAAAGUUAUGUAUUCUUGUCCGCAGAAUCCGAAUCUGUGGUAAAAAUAUGUAGUGCCUAUUAAAAAUAAUGGACU